AUGCGGAUCUCCUUCCUCCUUCUCACCGCCUCUCUGUGUGCCUUGGUCCUCCUCCUCGCACCUGCCUCGGAGGGCUGCGGGCCGGGGAGGGGGUACGGCAAGAGGCGGCUCCCGAAGAAGCUCAUCCCGCUUGCUUACAAGCAAUUCAGCCCCAACGUCGCCGAGAAGACCCUGGGAGCCAGCGGGAGACCCGAGGGCAAAAUAACGCGCAACUCCGAGCGCUUUAAAGAACUGACGCCGAAUUACAACACAGAUAUUAUUUUCAAAGAUGAGGAGGACACGGGCGCCGACAGGCUCAUGACCCAGCGUUGUAAAGACAAGUUAAACUCUCUGGCCAUCUCUGUGAUGAACAUGUGGCCAGGUGUUAAGCUGAGAGUGACCGAGGGUUGGGAUGAGGAUGGUCAUCAUUCAGAGGACUCGCUGCACUAUGAGGGACGUGCUGUGGACAUCACCACCUCAGACAGGGACAAAAAUAAAUACGCCAUGUUGGCCCGGCUGGCUGUCGAAGCUGGAUUUGACUGGGUCUACUACGAGUCCAAAGGCCACAUUCACUGUAGCGUCAAGUCAGAACAUUCUGUGGCAGCCAAAACCGGUGGCUGUUUCCCUGGUAAUGCUCAGGUUAUCCUUGAGGGUGGGGCUACUAAACAGAUGCGAGACCUUCACCCUGGCGAGCAAGUCUUGGCCUCUUCAACGACAGAUGGUCACGGACCCCUUCUCUACAGCCCGGUCUUAUCCUUUCUGGACCACCAGCCCAACGUCACAAAGAUCUUCUACAUCAUUGGCACCGACACAGGACUUAAUAUUACUCUCACAGCUGCUCACUUGAUCUUUGUCACAGUCUGCACUGGUGGGCUGAGUAAGUCAAAAGGGGAGGAGACAGCCGAAGAGCCACUUUUGGGCUCCAUAUGGGAGGGCAGGUCUAGCUGGGAAGCAGGUCUGCGGACAGUUUUUGCCAGUGAGGUUCGGCCAGGACAGUGCGUACUUACGUCACAAGGGAAAACAGGGUCACAGGCAACACUUUCAGUUGUGACUUUUGUAGAAGAACAGAGGAGCACCGGGCUGUAUGCCCCAUUAACACAGCAUGGCUCCAUAGUGGUGAACGGUGUGCUGGCAUCCUGCUAUGCUGCUGUGGACAAUCACCAUUUGGCCCAUUGGGUCCUGGCCCCACUGAGGUUCUUCUACAGCCUGAUGGGACCCUCAGAACCGCAGACCGACGGCCUGCACUGGUACCCUUGGCUUCUACAGAGGCUGGGGCAAAUGCUGUUGGACGCUGGACACUUCCACCCCUGGGGGAUCGAGCAAGGACAUAGGCAGGAGCCACAGAGACUUGUUUCACACUGA